CGUAAGGUGGACUCGCUCUUAAGGUGGACUGGGCGUUAAGGUGGACUCGCGCUUAAGGUGGACUCUCUGCGAAGCCGCGCCUGCCGGGCGGGGAGGGCCGGGGCUCGGCAUGGGGAGCCCCGCCUGAAGCAGCCGCCGGAGGAGCCGCGCCGGGCCGUCCCGAGGAGGAGAUGGGGGAGGCCCGCUGCUGAGGAGCCGACAUCUCCCUGGCCUCUAACAAUGCCCAGCUCCCGGCCGUUCUGCAGGAAGAGGCGGCCCAUGGACGAGGCAGCCGCUUCAUCCCCGCCACCCUCCUCCCCGUCCCGUUGCAGCUCUGAAGCCGGCCCGGCCGCGGUGUCCCCGGGCAGCCCCCGGCGCAGCGCCAUGGAGACGGUGGGAAAGUUUGAGUUCAGCAGGAAGGACCUGAUCGGGCACGGAGCCUUCGCCGUCGUCUUCAAAGGCAGGCACAAAGAGAAACCUGAGCUGGAAGUAGCUGUGAAAUGCAUUAACAAGAAGAACCUUGCAAAAUCUCAAACUCUGCUGGGCAAGGAAAUAAAAAUACUGAAGGAAUUGAAGCAUGAAAACAUUGUUGCCUUGUAUGACUUCCAGGAGCUGGCAAACUCUGUCUACUUGGUUAUGGAGUACUGUAAUGGUGGUGACCUGGCAGACUAUCUUCACACCAUGCGGACACUUAGUGAAGACACCAUCCGGCUCUUUCUCCAGCAGAUAGCAGGUGCCAUGAAAAUGCUGCACAGCAAAGGCAUCAUCCAUCGGGACCUGAAACCGCAGAAUAUCCUCCUGUCCUACGCCGGAGGCAGGAAAUCAAAUCCCAACAACAUUCGCAUAAAGAUCGCUGACUUUGGGUUUGCCCGAUACCUGCAGAAUAAUAUGAUGGCAGCAACGUUGUGUGGUUCACCAAUGUACAUGGCACCAGAAGUCAUUAUGUCUCAACACUACGAUGCCAAAGCUGACCUCUGGAGUAUAGGAACCAUCAUUUAUCAGUGUCUGACGGGAAAGGCUCCUUUCCAGGCCAGCAGCCCACAGGAUCUUCGUCUCUUCUAUGAGAAAAACAAGAUGCUGAUGCCGAACAUCCCCAGGGAGACGUCGAGCCACCUGAGGCAGCUGCUGCUGGGCCUUUUGCAGCGUAAUUAUAAGGACCGCAUGGACUUUGAUGAGUUUUUCCAUCACCCGUUCUUGGAUGCAAGUGCCUCUAUGAAAAAAUCUGCUUCCGUGCCAAUGCCUUCUUACCCCAGCUCAGGCUCCGGUAGCUCCUCCAGCAGCUCUUCCACUUCCCACCUGGCAUCGCCUCCGCAGUCCCUGGGAGAGAUGCAGCAGCAGCUGCAGGAGAAGGCGCUGGCGUCGCCCACCCAGGACUCGCCCGGCUUUCUGCACGCCUCCAAGGACUCUGCUGGAAGCAGCAGCAAGAAUUCGUCCUGUGACACAGAUGACUUCGUCAUGGUCCCAGCGCAGUUCUCAAGUGAUUUAACUGCCGAGGCUGCAGGAGGGAAGCCGAUCCAGGACAGUCUGAUGUACAGCGGGAGCUCUCUGGUGACUUCAGCAGGCUUGGAAAGCCAGGGAAGGACCCCGUCUCCUUCACCGCCGUACAGCGGCUCUCCCAGCCCAUCCAGCCGGCCAGGACAGUUUUCUAGCAGCAAGUACGGACACUCCGUGCCCAUUCCGGUCCCAACGCAAAUUCAUAACUACCGUCGGAUUGAGCAGAACCUGCAGUCCCCCAACCAAUACGCGUCUCCACGGUCUGGUACGGUGCGGAGGUCUAGCAGUACAAGUCCUCUUGGUUUUCCUAAAACCGGUGCUUCACCUCCUUAUCCUGGAGAACAUGGAUCUGUGCCCAGCUCCAGAAAGCUCUCCUUUGGUGGUGCCAAGCCAUUCAUGCCGUCGCCACAAGUUGGAACAAUCCCAGAGCAGCCCAGCCAGACUGUUAUCCCCUCUUCUCUGGGAGCAGAAGUGAGGAGCCGGAUUCCUGUCGCUGGUUCCUCGGCGCCCGAACACUCUCCUCGAGGGAUGGGCUCCCGGCUCCACAGUGCUCCCAACCUGUCCGAUCUGCACUCCUGCCGGCAGAAGAUCACCAAGCAGCACUCGGACCCUCUGGUUGCUCACUUGGGUCACGGCCCAGGCAGCCAGCCUCUGCAGAUCCACGGCCUGCAGCACUGCCGCCAGCUCCGCUCCUCGCCCAAGCUCUCCGAGUUCAUGCAGAGAAGCCCUCUGCCCACCAUCAUGGGCUCCCCUACCAAGGCUGUGUCCCCCUUUGAGUUUCCCAAAACGCCAAGUUCCCAGAAUCUGCUCACCCUCCUGGCCCAUCAGGGGGUCAUGAUGACUCCGACACGGAACAGGACCUUGCCAGAUCUGAAGGAGAUGGGUCAUUUCCACUGCCAGCAAACUGGCUUGGGAUUGAGGCCUGUGGAAGAGGUCAAGGGCAGAUCUCUGAGCACGGGCCGGCUCACGGACCUGCUUCUGAAGGCAGCGUUUGGGGCACAGAUCUCGGAAGCUGGCAGCAACGACAGCCUCAACAACGAGAAGCCGAUGGAGAUCGCAGCUCCCUCAGGUGCUUACGGAGGGACCCUGCACUCUGGUGCCCGGGCUGGGGGCUCUGCCAGCCCAUCCCCAGUGAUUUUUACUGUCGGAUCCCCUCCCAGUGGAACAACCCCCCCACAGACCACGAGGACCAGGAUGUUUUCAGUGGGGUCUUCCAGCUCUCUCAGUUCUGGAGGCUCAUUCACCGGCAGGCACUUGGCAGUGGGAACUGGUGGGGAUGCCGUGGAAGGUCCCUCGAGUCUCCGGUACGCGUUUGCUGAUCCCAUCACCGCCAACCUGGAAGGUGCUGUUACGUUUGAGGCACCAGAGCUGCCCGAGGAGACGCUCAUGGAGCAAGAGCACACGGACAUCCUGCGCAGCCUCCGCUUCACGCUGGCCUUUGUCCACUACGUGAUGGAAAUCGCUGCCCUGAAAGGCAGCUCCAGCGAGAUGAGCAGCUCGGUGGCGUCCGAGUACCAGCUGCAGGAGAGCGUGGUGGCCGACCAGAUCAGCCUGCUCAGCCGGGAGUGGAGCUAUGCAGAGCAGCUCGUGCUGUAUCUGAAAGUAGCGGAGCUCCUGUCCUCGGGGCUGCAGAUGGCCAUAGAGCAGAUCAAAGCUGGCAAGUUGUGCCUCUCCUCCACCGUCAAGCAAGUUGUGAAGAAGCUGAAUGAGCUUUAUAAAUCCAGCGUAUCGUCCUGCCACUGCCUCAACAUGAGGCUCCAGAGGUUCUUCUUGGACAAACAGAAACUCAUGGAUCGGAUCAACAGCAUCACCGCGGAGAAGCUCAUCUUCAGCUACGCUGUGCAAAUGGUACAGUCUGCAGCGCUGGAUGAGAUGUUCCACCACAGAGAGGACUGCGCACAGAGGUACCACAAGGCUCUGCUGCUGAUGGAGGGGCUCCUGAACAUCAUCACCGAACAGGGGGACAUAGAAAACAUCAAUAAAUGUAAGCUGUGCAUCGAGCGCAGGCUGUCAGCUCUGCUCUCGGGGUUCUGCGCCUGAGUCCCGCGUUGUUCUUCACGCCCCUCGCCCCAGCCGAUCCCCUUGUUUCCCGCUGCUCCGCUGGGAAGCGGUUCUGGCAGCGGGAGGCCUGGAGGAGGCACCGCUCCAUCUUUUGUGUUCUGACCUUUUGGGAAGUUGUUCCACAGACUUGGAUUCCUUCGCGGGGAUGUGUGACUGCAGCAAGCACAGAUGCUUCCCCGGGUGGAGACGUAGCCAAUGUGGAAAGGGUGAAGGAUAAAGUCUGCUUCUUCCCAGCACUUUGAAGGAUAAGAUUGCUGCCUAUCCCUCUUGCUUACGAACAGGGUAUUCCAGUGCUGCGUCCAUUGCAGGCGAUGGAUGUGCUGAAACUGCUGGCUUCAGUUCAUGUCGGAGGGUGUCGCGCAGAAAUCAAGGCCAGUUUGUGUACUUUUCCCUACCCAGCUGAGAGCCGGGCGUCCUCAAGCUUCCUGGCAGCCGCAGGCUCCCUCCUCUCCCUCCUCACACGUGUCACGCCUUGGAGUCCUCACACCGAGGAGGGAACCUGCUCCCUUUUCCCCGAGCGCUGCUGGAGCAGCCCCGGCGAGCGGAGGACGCGCUGCUGUGGGACGGGGCAUCUCCCGCGGGACCGGUGGGCGAGCACGCGGGCAGAGACUGUGCACGGAGACGGGAGCACGGCAGAAAGCGUCACGCUCCUGCCUUUGCAAGAAGCCAAAACGAACCCGUUCCCCGGUGGUCCCGAGCUCGGCGGGACCGCUGGGGCCCCGCGCGGUGCAGCGCGGGCUGUCCGCACACACCGGCCCGAGGGAGCGCCCGGCUGUCCUGCCGGCAGCUCUGGGCUCCGAACCCCUUUCCUGGACCCCCCCAACCCUGAACACUAGCUUUGUGAAUCAAAGGAGCACUUUACACACUAUGGGAACUUGGAGAAGUUGACUUUGCAUCACACAACAACCCAGGAACAUCACGACUGUUAGGAAUGCUGUUCCUUUUAUUCCUUUCCUUGCUUCCUGGUUGUUUCAUUGCACUACGUGUGUGCGUAUAUUAAUAUGUAUUCCUAAGGGCGAAUAUGUAUUGAUAUGGUUUGUGUGUAACUGUAUGUAUUUAACUGUACUGUACCUGUGCGUGUGAGGCACGAGGCGCCGCAGAGCCCGUGCUGCCCUCCCCACACCGGGCAAAGCUGACUUGCAGUCUGGCAGUACCACAACUUUAGUUUUUUAUUUAAAUGUUCUUUUAAGGACAGUCGAUAUAAAGCUCCGUGCUUUUUAAGAGCUCAAGAACAGGUGUUAAGAUCCUACACACACUUACAAUUGGAAAUGCAUUUAUUUUUUUUUUUUAAGACGUUUUAUUUGCUGCUUCAUUUUGUUUUUUAUAACGAAAUCUCGUAGUGUUCAGUUGUAUGUUCAGCAUUUCUUUCAAGGAGACUCUGUGGCCAAGUGAGACUGUGGGUGCGAGUGGCUGGAGCUGUGGUUGAGGCCUCGGGUGCUGCGUGCGAGCAGAGCUGGCUCCGUUCCGUCCGUCUGCGUGCGCGGGUGUGUGUCCUAUUUAUCAGAGUCGUCGCAGUAUUUCGUUAGCGCUGGGCAGAAAAGGAUCUUUGAAAGCAACUCGGAACCUCAGGCUUUGUUUUUGGGAUCUAAAAAUAUUUUGCACGCGGUGGUUAAGUCCUCAUUGCUUGUUAUCUCUCGAUAUUGGCGCAUUCAGUGGUUUCAGGAGCAAGUUAAUUGACCUUGGAGGUGGCAGCAGCUUUGGCAACGUGGGUGUUUCUGGUCCCAGAGCAGAAAUGCCAAUAAAGAAAUCUAAAACUGUUUCCCAUCGCCACAACCAGGGGAGUUCAAGUGUAGCUUCACAAGUGCUGGGGUAACGGGCUGCGGUCCGUGGUGAGUGCGGCCCCUGCGGCUCCUGUGGCUCCUGCGCCUGGUUGUGCUGCUGGGGAAAUCAAAGUUAAAACAUUUUAAAAAGACAAAAACAACCAUUCGCCCCCCAGUGUGUGGCCAGAGGUGCCGAGGAGGCUCAGAGCGCUUCCCAGAGGUGCCGAGGAGGCUCAGAGCGCUUCCCAGAGGGUGAGCGGCUCUGCACAGGGGAGGCGGCAGGAACGCGCUCAGCCAGGACUAACUCUGCAGCACGGCCGCUGCUGCGCGCUAAGCCAGGACUAACUCUGGCUCUGUGGCGCGGCCGCUGCUGCUCACCCCAAACCUGUGGGUCCCUCCUGCCCCACGGCCGAGGGCUCCAGUGCGGGGUCCCCGGUGUGCGGGGGGGACGGCUCGGCACCCACCUCCCCGCUGGGCUGUGUUACUUGAAUGUACCAAAACUGUUCAUAUUCGAUGUAUACAAGUAUAUAUUGCUCCAAAAAAUUUUGGUUUACAGACCUGCAACUGAUGUAUGUUUGUGUAUAUACGUACAAGAAUAUGUGUGUGUACGUGUACAGAUACACACGCGAACACAAACGUAUAUGUGUGUUUUCUCUCAAUACUUGAAACUUAGCCACUGUGCUUGAAUUAUAAAAAUAAAAUAAAAGAAAAAAAAAAAAAAAGAAGAAAAAA